AUGUCCAAGCCCGUCUCGACGCCCUCACCGCAGCACAACGGGGACGACCACCCGUACGCCAUCCAAGUGGACGAUGCCCCUUUGACACCGCCUGGAAACCACCACGGAGGAACGCCCACUGCCCGCGACGAUGGCAUGACCGACAUCAAGAUGGGGGGCUGGGAGACGACGCUGUGGUGCGGCUGCUUCAAGCACUGCGUGCCCAACUGCUGCAUGGCCACCUUCUGCCCAUGCGUCACGCACGCACAGAUCUCCGCUCGGCUGGGGAUGGCGCCCUACUGGUGCGCGCUGGCCACGCUCUUCACCCUCGUGCUGCUCACGGGCGGCACGGUGCACGUGAUCCUGUUCGUCUGGAUCUGGAAGGCCCGCGCACUCACCCGCGAGCGGUUCCAGAUCCCGGGCGGGUGCUGCCGAGACUGCUGCGCGUCGCUCUUGUGUCCAUGCUGCACCUUGGCGCAGAUCGCCACGCAAAUCAAGAGCUACAAGCCAGGGAGCUGUGACUUCGGACCGCCAGACACGCUGCCACCGUACGAGCACAUGUAA